UGUACAGCCCUUAACCCCUAAGCACCUAGGAAACCACACAGCUCCGGACUAUUUGAUUCACCUGUCCCAAAAACAGAGCCGGCAGGUCCAUGGCUGGCAGGCCUGUGCUCCCCAGACGCCAGGAGGAGGAGUCUGCCCAAGAUCCCGGGCUGAAACUAUCACCGGUGCGACCCCCAGGCCGCCUGCCCAGCAUUGAUGAGGUCCGACGAGCAGGGCCAGGCCCGGCCUCCUGCCACGGCUCCGUGCUGGGCCUGGUCUCGUCCUUUUCACGCCGCAACUCACUGGCCGGACCAGGCCCGGGCCCGGGGGCUCGGCGACCGUCCCUGGGCCCAGUGCCUCCUCUAGGCUCGCGGCUCAGCUUCUCGGGGUUGCCGCUAGCGCCCGCCCGUCGCGCGGCGCCUUCAUACCGCACAGAGCCGGCGCCCGGGGAGCGCUGGGAGGCCGCGCGCGCACAGCGGGCCCUGGAGGCGGGCGUGCGCGUGGUGAGCCACGCGCUCUGGGACGCGGCGCGCGACGGGCUGGCCUCCGCCGCCGUCACCAACGCCUCGCUCUUCGCCGUGGCCAUGGUCCACGGGCUCUACUGCGAGUGAGGAGGCCCCCCCAAUUCUGC